GAAAGAAAGAAAGAGCGCUCGUGUGAUGUGUUUGUGUAUCCUCAGGGUUUUUCUCUCUGAAGUGUUUUAUUGAGUGUAAACAGAGUCUUGUCUCUGUGUAUUUUAGUGGUAAUAAUGAGAGAUGAGAUGGAUGUGAUGUGCUGUAAAUCAGUAGGAACUGAUCUGUCCAUGCUGGAUAUUGAUGAUUUCAUCACAGAAAUCUCUCAGCUGAAGAAAGAGGUGGCGUUACUGGAGGCAAAGCUGAGGUCAAGAGGAGAUGAAGGACUAAAUGGAGAGGAUGUGGAUGUGGUUUGUUGUGAAUCUUCCACACAGGACUCAGAUCUCAGUCUGACUUUACUCUGUUAUACUGAGCCAAAGCACACAGACACCCAGGACACUACAGUGUGUGACAGUAAACAGAGCUUACAGGAGGAUCAAGAGUCUCUGGAUUCUGUCUGUAACGCUGGAGAACAGCAGCAGAUCCUGAAAAUGUGUUCAGUCAAACUCAUCGACUGCAGGAACCUCAUGAUGAAGAUUAAAACUGAACCUACAGAAGAGGAAGAUCACACUGAGGAAGAUGAGGUCUUUGAUGAUGAUGAUGUUGACAUUCAUGUUGAUGGUGGUGAUGAUGAUGGGGAUUAUGAUUUUCAUGAUGAUGGUGGUGAUGAAGAUGGUGGCAAUCAUCAUCAUGAUGAUGAUAUUAAUGAUGAUGGUGGUGAUGAAGAUGACAAUCAUGAUGAUGAUAUUGAUGAUGGUGGUGAUGAAGAUAACAAUCAUGAUGAUGAUGAUGAUAUUAAUGAUGAUGAUGGUGGUAAUGAAGAUGACAAUCAUGAUGAUGAUGAUGAUUUUAUUCCUUCAGGUGUGAAGAGUGAUUCAUGUUGUGAUGGAGAAAUAAUGCCCUCAACAUCAAAAGAGCAACAGACAGCACAAACUCUUUCCUGCAUCAUCUGUGGAAAGACAUUCAGCUCACAGAGACGUUUAGAGAGACAUGAGAGAAAACGUCAUUCAGAAGAGCACAAGGAGAAGAAAAAGAAGCAGUUUCACUGUGAGCGGUGUGGGAAAGAUUUCGUCUUUUUUCUUGGUCUGAAACGCCACAUGAUGACACACAGUGAUGAAAAGUCUUUCCACUGCAUUGAAUGUGACAAAUAUUUCAUCACCAAAGAAAAUCUUGAUGUUCAUCGGAAAAUCCACACGGGAGAAGAUCCGUACAAGUGUCCUCACUGUGAGACGAGAUUCAGCAAUGGAUCCCAUCUGAAGACACACGUGUGUUUACAAACCAAUGAGAGACUGUUUCAGUGCGGUGAGUGUGAAAAAACAUUUAGGGAUUUUCCGGCUCUGAAGAAACAUCAUAAAAUUCACUCUGGACAGAAACUCUUUCAGUGUUCACACUGCGACAAACGUUACAGUCGGAAACCUCAGCUGAUAGUCCACGAGAGAAGUCACACUGGAGAGAAACCCUUCGUCUGCUCUCACUGUGGAAAGAGCUUCGCUGAUCCAUCUCAUUUCAGAGUUCAUCAAAAGGCGCACACAGAAGAAAAAUCGUAUCACUGCAAUGUUUGUGGGAUGAGUUUUAAUCGUAACAGCACUUUAUUUAUGCAUCGUAAACGUCAUACAGGUGAAAAACCUUUCAAAUGCGCUCACUGUGACAAGACGUUUAUUUACAUAGGUGUUCUUAGAGCCCAUGAGAGAGUUCACACCGGAGAGAAACCUUGCCUCUGCUCCAUCUGUGGAAAGUGCUUUUUUGAUUUAAACACUUUAAAAGUUCAUCAGAGAAUUCACACCGGAGAGAAACCUUAUCAAUGUAGUGUUUGUGAGAAGAGUUUCAGUCGACGGGACAUUUUAGUGUCACACAUGAGAACUCAUACAGGUGAAAGACUUCACAAAUGCACUCUGUGUGGGAAGACGUUCGCUCGAUCGGAUGUCCUGAGGACCCAUCUGAGAGUUCAUACCGGAGAGAAACCUUACCGCUGCUCCAUCUGUGGAGAGAGAUUCGCUCAUUUAGGAAGUUUUCAUAAUCAUCAAAAGAAGCAUGCGAAGGAACAAACUACACCCAAAUCAUCAGACUGUCUUUCUGUUUUGACUCAACAAGAGCUCCCUGACUAAACAUUUUAAUUUGAUUAACUGAAAGCUGAAAUAUAAUUUAUGACAGCAUCAAUGUUUUAUGUUUACGUAGAGAUUUGUUAGUUUGCAGUUCUUAUUGCAUGACUUGCCAAAAGUGACUGUUCAAAAAUGAGAAAUGCUAUUCUGUUUUAGGGUGGAACCACAGUUUGAAUGUUGGGGGGAACCAAAACAUACCAUAUAGCAAUAAACAUACGUCCAUCUGUAGCAUGUAAAUGGGAUCGCACACCUGCCUGGCCGCCCAUCUGUGACUCAGGAAGUUGUUCAAAUCCCUGUCGCGCCACACAGUGCCACUCACAUAGUUUAACAUUAAAUAACAUCAUAUUUGUCCCAAAUCAUUAACGAUUAACAUUGGCUGCUAACGUAUAUUUAGCAUUUUGAAGUAGACGCUAUCUGACGAAGCUCACGCUAUUUAAUGUGCACUUCCGGUUUACAAUACCUCUGAGUUGUCCUAGACGCGACUCGAGGCGGUGCGAUGCUGAGAUACACAGCUGGUGUGCGAUCCCUUUAAGGUUUACUCUUACCAUUAGUGCUGCCUCACGAUUAGUUGUGACUAAUUGUUUGCAGAAUAAAAGUUUUUGUUUACAUAAUAUAUGUGGGUGUACUGUGUAUGGGGGGCCCCAGGUCAUUGGACUUUACUUAGGGCCCCAAAAUGGACACUGUGUUUAAAUUUCUUAAAACGAUUUCAAUGAUUUUUGAUCCGUGUGAAGUACAUGUGUGUUAAGUCUACAAUUGCUUAGAAUCAAAUAGUUAAAACUUACUAAAAUUAUUAUUUUUUUAUAAUGAAAAGGUAUAUAGUUGUCAUGUUUGAUUUGGCUUGUGGAGGCUUCCCUAAUAUAUUAGCUUCAUUGUGAAUAUCACUUUUGUUUUAUUAAACACAAGUAUUUAGUUUCUUGUGCUUUAAGCAAAAUCAGCAAAACAAAGUGAGUCUGCAUACUUACACUCUAAAAAAAAUUGGGUUGUUUUUAACCCAGGGCUGGGUUACUAACUAUA